CGGUGGGUGGCCAACACUUCUGAUUGAACCACUUGGCGGGCAUCUUCUCCAGGAGCACUAACCAGUAUCCAAAAUAAAAGAUGCAGCGGAACCAGGGACUAAGGAUCCUGCUCUGGAGCCUGGUUCUAGUAUUUUUGGGAAUGGCCCACGUCCAGGCCAACAUGAUACUGUGUGGUCAGGAGCUACCCGAAGCCUUGAAUAGGAUUUGCCAAUACGGCUAUAAUCAAAAAUUUAAGCGAACAUUUGACCUAACCCAACUUAAUGCCAUUGAGGACGAAGGACUUGAGGAAGGUUCCCUUCUGUUGAGGAUGCUGGGGGAGAGCUCCAAUCAAUUGAUGAAAACCCGUCGUCGGCGUCUUGGAAUCUUUGAUGAGUGUUGCCGGAAGUCAUGUUCCACGAGUGAGUUGCUGCGUUAUUGUGCUGGACCUGGACGGUGAAUCGAAUCCCAAGAACCCCUUAAAAGAUCUGACCUUAAUGAGAUAAAGGAUGAACCUUAUACUCUUAGUUGUUAGCUCGUUGGAUAAAAGCCUACUCACUAUUUAUGCCCCGAAGCGGAUAAUAUACAUAUAUGUAUGGAUAGCAUUAUGUGUUGGGGAUGUAUGCGCAUAAUUUAUGAUCGGAAAUCAGAGACAGAUACGCGAAAUGAAUCGGAAAAGGGGAGAUAUGCAUAUAUACAUGAUUGUACUUUUGUAUGCUUGUGUAAAGGGCCUGAAUACAUCGCCUGGGUAUAAAUUAUUAAAUAAAUUAUGUAUUCAAACUGC